UUAAGCAUCAAUCCUGCAACAUCAAGCAUAUUAGUUGAUCAAGGAAACUUUGGCCAGAGUCAAAAUUACAGUGAUGGCCUCCAAAGCUUUCUUGAUGGCUGUGAUAGCUGCAAUAGCCAUUGUUGUUCCUCCGACUUCGGCCUACGACUACAUGGUCGGAGAUGACGCGGGCUGGAAGUUGGGUGUUAACUACACAGAAUGGGCUAAGGGCAAAGACUUUCGUGUUGGUGACAAGCUAAUAUUUAUGUACAAUAAGGAUUCUCACAACCUUGCCAAAGUAAGUGGAGACGAUUUCAAGCAAUGCGUGGCGUCAAACAAAAGCAACAUUUUGAACACUGGGAAUGAAGAAAUCACACUCGCCGCCCCAGGAAAGAAGUGGUACAUUUGCAGCGUUAAUGACCACUGCUCUAAGGGAAUGAAACUUGUCAUCACCGUCUCCGCGGCCGAUGGGCCGAUUCCCGCUCCGUGGCCCGCUGCCCCGACGCCCACCACUUCCGCUGCCGGUGAAGUCUCGCCGUUGAAAUCUUAUGUGUGGAUUCUUGGAGCCUUGGCUGCCUUCAAACUCUUCAUGGUUUGAUCAGUGACUCUGAAAUUUAGACUACUCUAUUUUGGUCAUGACGUUAAUAAUUUAUUUCCCAACUUGGUUGAAAUUAAUAUCACAUCAAGUUUUAGUUUGUUAAGCCCUUUUGGUUUGUGUUGAUAUAUAUGUUCCAAUUACAAUGUAUCUUGGAACCGAGUGGGUUUGAAAUUUAUGCUUGAAAUAAAGUUAUUGUAAUAUUUUUUUACUGAAGCUUGUCUGAAAUAAAAUGGCUGAGCAAUAAGUGCUUUUCCUGAA